AUGGAAAGAGAUCUCAGAGUGUGGCAGGUACAUCGCACUGUUUCUGCCGUGUUUGAAAUCCGAUCCAAGCGGUUGUUGAAUUCGUAUGAUAGACUACCUGCGGAUAUCAAGAUCGGGAGAAUACGAUGGGAGCAUACGCUAGAUGGUGUGAGUACGAAGGUGGCUGUUCUGGUGGAAAACUAUUCGAUAGUGGCCAUCUAUGACAUUUUCACCUAUUCGGAUCCGAUUAUCAUUCAACAAGAGGCUUCUGAGGGCAUACAAGACUUCUACUGGAUCCCACCCGUGGCUGAGCAACAACAGGAAGAAGAAGGCUCGUACACAAACUCGAAACAGUUGAUUGUGUACACGAAAAAUCAUUUGCAAGUGAAGCUAUACUCUCUUGAUUGUGUACAAAUUGUGUGGAAACUCACCAAACCGGUUUCCAAGACACCAAUUUUCAAUCCACAAACACCAAAUAUGUGGUCACUAGUACUUGAGAGCCGGUCAGCUGAGGUCAACGACCAGAACCCCAUUGUUUAUCACUUUUAUAACGAAGGGUCGGUGAGCAAAUUGCUUUAUAGAUUCAAACUACCUAACCCGUUGCUAUCGGACGACUUUGACCUUCACUGGAGUUAUUCUGGUAAGUGGCUUAUCUAUUUGAACAGUGCCGACUCGCUUUUCGGGUUCAAUUUGCAGGUGUUUAACUCGCUCGGAGUUAAUAAGAGAAAGUUUAACCUAUCGGAGUUCAUACCUACGGGAGACCCCAUCAUUAACUUGAACUGGUUGAACGAUGGUUUAGGAGGCGAUGACUCACCGGUGAAGUUUGGGGCUACCGAGUACUUUGUUACAAACAUAAGCAUCGAUUCCAUCACUGACUAUAUUAUGGUGCUAACGAGCGAUUCUGAGGAGAUCGAAAUCAUCACCAUUUCUGUGAAAGACUUCCGAGUUGUCAGCAGAGAGAAGGUACGAAACUUUGUGGGUGCCCAAAUAUGGAGAGAAAGUUAUGACGGAGCAAAUAUUCACUACGUACAGAGUAAACUAGAUGUACGGAAAGAGAUGAAGAUCAAGCGAGUGUUCAGUUUCAAAAAAAAAGACGUCAAGUACUUGGUGGUCCAGUUCCCCGACUCGAUUCUUGUCAACGAGAUCAUAAUAAACGAUGAAACCCUCAACAGUCUGAUAGUUUUCAAGCCAAUCCAUUAUAUUGUCACAGAUAAAAUAAUUACCGUGAAGCUACUCAUGGAUGAGUUAGUGGUUCUGACGCCCAGUCAUGUUUUUGCGUUCGAUUUCAAGGCCCUCCGUAUUCUACACGAAGGCCCCACUGGUGGACAAAUUGCAUACUUGGAUGAACCUGUGGUGGUUGUGUACGACGAUGAUGGUGAGCCAACAACAGCGGAAAGCGUAUACAAAACAGAUUUCACCACGGAAACGGUUUGA